GCAUCGCCCGACGACACGCAAUGGCAUUGGACAGCGUAGUGGCAAAAUUGUUGGUCCAACAACAGGAAGCAUCAGAACGGCAGCAGCGGUUAAUUGUAACGCUGGCGAGUUUAAUACAGAACAACAAAGGGGGUAGUAGUUUGCAGCAACAACAGCAGCCAGAGGCAUUAGCAGACAUCAUUUCUCGCGGUAUUCAUGAGUUCAUUUAUGACCCAGAUAAUAACCAAAUUUUCUCAAAUUGGUUCAGCAGGUACGAACAGCAUUUUACGGAAGAUGCGAAAUCAUUGGACGACGCCUGCAAAGUUAGACUUCUCUUAAGAAAAUUGAGCCCGCAAGUUUACGAACAAUACGCAAAUUGUAUUUUACCGAAGCUACCUAAAGACUGCGAUUUCCAAAAUACAGUUCGGCAAUUGAAAAAACUUUUUGAUCGUCAAGAGUCAAUAUUCAGUGUGCGUUAUAAAUGUUUACAAAUCACCAAAGAAGAGUCCGAAGAUUAUACCGCAUACUCAGGUCGAGUAAACAGUCAGUGCGAAAAAUUUUUCCAAGGCAAAAUGUCUUCUGCGGAAUUAAAAGUGCUUAUAUUUAUAUGUGGACUUCGAUCACCGGCAUAUAACGACAUUCGGGGAAAAUUGCUUUCAAUGCUAGAUACAAAUGUAGAUACCACAUUGGAGCAAUUGACAUCAGCAGCGCAAAGACAAAUUGUUUUGCGUGACGAUACAAAGCUUGUUGAAACCACAAAUCCUUCGACGGUGAAUGCGAUUUCUGCAGAUGGUAAGUCAGAAUUUCGUUCAAGUAAACAAAAGCUAAAAAGCCAUACCAAACCAACCAAUCAAGUAAACGAAGUACCAAAACGUCCAUGUUGGCAAUGCGGAGCCAUGCAUUUUGUUAAAUAUUGCACGUACUCACAACACAAGUGUAAAGAUUGUGACAAAAUUGGGCAUAAAGAAGGUUAUUGUAGUUGUUUCUCUAAACGAGCAAGUACCUUAAACUCAGGUCAACGUAAAAUUAAUCGAAAUACGCAAAGAAAAUUUCAGCAACGUAGAAAUUUUAGAACGAAAGUUGUUGUAGCCAAGCACAGUGUGAAGAGCAUAAACAACAUUAAUAUGCAGCGCAAGUACAUUAAUGUGGUCGUAAAUUCGUGUCAAAUCAAGCUACAAUUCGACACAGCCGCAGAUAUCUCUCUGAUUUCAAAAAUUAAUUGGGCGAAGCUAGGUAAACCAGCAUUACAUACGUGUGAGCAUAAAGCAUCAGAUGCAUCGAAGAACCAAAUCCCUCUUAUGGGGCAAUUCGAAGCAAUAGUAACUCAUAAAAACACAUCGCAUAGCUGUAUAAUUUACGUCACAAGCCUCCCAAACUUAAACAUUUUUGGGAUAGAUUUAAUUGAAAAAUUCGGAUAUUGGGACACACCCAUUCGUUCGGUUUGCAAUGUAAUUACAAGCAAUAUGAAUAAAGAUGCGAUAUUCAAAGUCAUUCUAAGUAAAUAUCCAGAAGUGGUCCAACAGCAUACAGGCCACUGCACCAAAUUUAAAGUCAACUUAGAAAUAAAACAAAAUUGUAAACCCGUGUUCAAAACGAAAAGACCCGUACCAUAUGCAUCAUUAGCAGCGGUAGAGCAAGAGCUAAACAGACUACAAGAUGAAAAUAUCAUCACACCUAUUACACAGUCAGAUUGGGCAGCACCCAUAGUAGUUGUACGUAAGCCAAAUAAUCGCAUUCGAAUUUGUGCUGAUUAUUCGACAGGUUUAAACGAUUGCAUGAAACCUAAUCUGUAUCCAAUUCCGCAUGCAGAUGAUAUAUUCGCACAAAUGUCGCUUUGCAAAUAUUUUAGCAAAAUAGAUUUAUCCGACGCUUACCUUCAAUUGGAAGUCGAUGACGAAUCCAAGAAAAUUCUCACGAUAAACACGCACAAGGGUCUGCGCCAGGUGCUUUUCAAAAAGCUAUGGAAACUAUCCUCAGCAAUUUAGAGGGGGUUAU